GCGGGAUCACAUGUGAUCGGCGCCAGGAGCGCGCGAUUUCGAAAUCAGUGCGGUGAUGUCAGUGUCAGCUGUGCCGGCGCGUGAGUCUGCUUUCCUCGGUGCGUGAGUGUUGAUUUUCCGUAGUGAAAAAUGUCUGAAAAGGACCAUGUUAUGUCGUUCAAACGAGGAUUACGUCAGUUGACCGUCCAGGAGAAGUUGGAGGCCGUCAAGCGAGUCCACGAUGGGGAUUCCAAGGCUUCCGUCGCCAGGAUGCUCGGGGUGCCGGAAUCCACGCUUAGGGGAUGGUGCAAAAAUGAGGCCAAAUUGCUCAACUCUCUGGAGAAUGCUAACGUUUACCCGUCUGUUAAUCCUGCACUUAACCUAACCGCUGACAUUAAUGGUGACUUAAGCAGGAGCCUGAACUACAAUGGAACUGUGAUAACUAGGCAUGGAUUGGAGGACUGCGGGCCCUCGGAAAGGAAGCGAGCUAGGCUAGUUACCAAAGAAGAAAGUUUACCAAUCAACUCCUUACUUUCCUAUUUCCUGGACCAACCAAAACUCGGCUUACCUCCCAUCGCACCCACCACACCGCCCAAUGGCGCCAGCUAUAAAACCAAAGCAUCGAUGAUUUGGGACUGGUACAAGUUUAACAAUAGCAACGAUUGCUCAGAGCUUUCACCAAAAGCUGCAGAAAAUCCAGACAUGAAUGCCAACGAACCCCUGUCCCUAGUUACCUCGAAACCUGAUGUAAGUAUCACUCUAACCGACAUUAGCUCAAACAACAAUAACGAAAGUCCAGAGCCUUCGCCGCUCUUGGAAGCCAUGAGGCACGGAGAGAAGUUCCUUCGAUGUCUGGAAAAUUGCUCGGACCCCAACAUCACAGCUGUCCAGGUCUGUCAAGUGCGGACACUCCUGAAAAACGUACGCAAUGCUGCUGAGAGGAAGCUCUCCAACCAUCGCCACAGUCCCCAGACCAGAAGAAAGUAGUAGUAGUAGUGUUGGAUGAAUUUGGAGACUCUCGUUAAGUGCAACUCAUUGUGAUCUUAUCUAAUAUGAAGAAAUAACUUUCCUAGGUAAAUUGAUCUGCCCUUGCAAAAAAAGAUCAUAUAUAUGGAGGGUAGGCACAGGGUCGCCACAGUCAGGGAAGACCUGGAAAUAUCAGAGAAAAUUACGAAAAUGUUAGGGAAAAUUUUUCAAGUCACCUUCAUUUCCUUUCUACAAUGGGUUUGACGUUUCGAACAACAAAUUUUGCCUGAAAACGAUUCUAAAUUAUGUCUUUUAAAGCAUCCGGCACAGCCUCAAUUGUCUAGGAAUUUGACCAAAAUGUGGUAGAGAGAUCAGGGAAACGUCAAGGAAUUUCAGUUUCUAAAUUCUGUGGCAACCCUGUAGGUAAAAUUGUAUUUUCAAAUUCUGUGGCAACGCUGUUGGUAAAAUUGUAUUUUUCAAAUUACCCAAGAGGAACUGUGGAAACUUACUUAGUGAUCUGUUUUUCAAGCUAAGUGCACCUUUUUGGUGACUUUAGUAUAUGCAAAUGUAAGAAUUCAACAGUCACUGUCAGGAACUCUUUCUUCUUUUACUGAUGUGGUUUUAAAAAACCGAAAAAUCUAUUUAAUGGGUGGCUCAUACAUAUUUUUUUUCCAUGUAACUUGGACCUUUUUGUGCCGUAACCAAAAUUUUCAUGAAUCAGUGAAAUUAUGUGUGAUGUUACAUACUCUGGAUAGAAUAAAUCUGAAAUAUUCAUUUAUUUUUAGUUGUGCAUAAUUGUUGCCUCUAAACAAGAUAAUACUGUAGGACACUUUCAUAUAUUUCUAAUUAAAGUGGAGAAGGUAAAUAUCGACUGUGAAUCUGCAGAAAGAUUGUCUUGUAGAGGAAAUGUUUAUAAAAACUGUCCAAUCUUGGCAGCAACCAGGACUUAAAAAUUAAUUAUACUAGAGUUAAGUUUCAGUUAUUAGCAUAGCUAGUUCACGCAUUACUCUUAAAUCACUUAAAAUCAUAAUUUAAGGAAUGAGAGUUUUGUCAAGUUUUUGAUAAAAUGACCACAAAAUUUAAUUUGAACUCUACUUAAUUUUUGAGGUCUCGUAACAUGAAAUGUUUACCUUUUAAUCUUUAUGUUUACCAAUUAGCAGUAGAGAUUGAAAUCUCAAAAGUCUCGAAUCUGCAUUUCUGUUCUUUAGACGAAUCAAUUUGAUUCCUCCUCGCUUUUUAGUUUGUUGGCUCCGGUGUUACUCUGAUCAUAUGUUACUCUGUCUUGUUUCCAAUUUUCUGUCCUCCACAAACAAGGUGGCUACCCUCAGAUGACUGGGCUUUUACUCAUCCACAGUGUGUUGUUUAAGAAAUCUAUUAAUACAGUUUACAAUGUCAUCAUCAAUUUUGCAAGUAGAAAUCGUACCCAGUAAUUUUGAAGGAUAAUGCGAGAGCAUGAUCCUACAUUUUCGCAUUUUGAUAGAGAAAAAUUGCCUGAGCUCCCACUUUUUAUUACUCCCUGGAACGCAUUAUUAAUAAUUUUCUUUUGAUAUUUCCUUUAACUCCUCACUGUGAGUAUUUGAAACUGCGACUACCUUUUGAGACUCUGAAGUUCACCUGAAAUAUUUUUUAAUAGAUUCAAUUCUCACUCUCAUUCAUUACUGAUGUAGGUUUCAGUCAUGAAGAAUUCAAUAUUAAAAUUGAAUUAUAUAAUUAAUUAAAAUUUAAUGAAAAACAAUUAAAAACAAAUUUUAAUGAAAAUGCCUUUGAAAUUUUCUUAAUCCUUCGAAAGGAAGUGUGAAUCAAUACGUAUUCUGUUUCUCAAAAAGAUGACUCCCAUCAUAACUCAUCAUUUGUCGCAUCAUUUGCGCUUUUUGGAGUUCUUAUUUCAAACUCAGGUUUCUGUUAAAUACAUUUUACAACUUUCAUCAGAAAAUCGGUCAGUUAUAAGAUCCUUCUAGUUUUAAUUAAUUUACUCAUUUUGUUGCUGAUUACCAUUUUUUUUUCUUUCUUAUUUUUCCGAUUUAAUUUAUGCUCAUGUACGCCAAAACAUAUUAUCAGUUGAAAGAUAGAACUGCUGGAGAAAGUCAAUAUCCUUUGUUAGUCUUUAUUUGUGUAAACAUUCUUUCAUAAUCGGUAAACGUAAAAAAAUGCUGUUCUUUGGAGAUUUUUAGCAACAAGCUGUUAAUUUUUUCUCUCCAUACCUAAUAUACCUAAAAUCUCCUAACACAAAUAAAAAUGUUUUAAUUUAUUCUGGGUCCGAACUUUCUCAUCUAUUCAGACAAAUACCCUGUUUUUAUUAGAUGAUCAACAGCAGUUGCUCCAAUGAUUGUGAGUAAAACAAUAGAAGUAUGCAGUUAAAGGAAAUGGAUGUUGACAAUUUUCCAUCAUCAAAUUGAAAUACUAAAUUACUGACUUAAAAUAGAAGGUUUUUCAUCUCUUUCACCAUAUCUGAAGUAUUACAGGAGCAAGCAUUGAUUUUUUAUAAACAUGUUCUUCAACCAGAAUUUCUUGUCCAUAAGGUCAAAGCCAAACUGUAAUGAUUUACGUUCUUUUUCCUCUUGUUCUCUUUUACUAGGUACUUGUAGAAUUUACUCUCUGUAUUGUUAAUCGAAUGUGUUGCUUGGAAUGUUACCCAACUCAUGGAAAGAGAACAAAAUUUGAAAAAAACAAAAGGUUAGAGGGGGGGAUAUAAAUUAGUUUAAAAAUUAAAUUUUAUUCCAAUUGAACCGUAGGCUUUUUAUUGAUUGAAAAAUGUUUAGGUGCUUGUUGUUGACUGGUCAAAAAUAAACCAUUUGGUACCAAUACUUGAGCUUUGGGGUUUUUUUGUUGUAUAAGUAUGAGACCUUUAUGAUAUCUCGUUGAAUUAAUUAGUAUAAUUCGAAUAUCCAGGCAUGAUUUUAAUCAAAGUUAUAAAAUGUUGUCGAAGUAACUCUCACAAACAAUUGUUUGUUGAUUUUUUUCUAAGAAAAACAAAUCCAAAGUUUUCGCUGACCUUGAAAAUCAUUUCUCCGCAACAAAAUGAGUUGUUAAACUUUUUUAGUUCGGCACUUUCUGAAAUGAUCCAUUCCAUUCUACUGCUGUAUCAAAUGUUCUUCAGGCGUUAUAUAAAUAGUAAGACUUUUUUGUUUCCACUUAAUUUAUAAAUUAGAUUCUUAAGGUUGCACAUUAGUUCAGGACCCUAAUAAAGAGUCUGUAUAAACUCAUAUUUUUUUUAAUCGACAUAGUCUUGAUUCGCUGAAAAAUAUUCUACCCAGAAAAAACUUCCCCCAACUUUCUGGGAAAGGAAAAUCUAUUUGUAGUUAGAUUCAUGUAGUCGACAAUUCUGCCAUCCCUCUUGAAAUUCAUUAGCGAAACACUCUUGUAUAAGCAAAUUAUUUUGCUUUUCCAAGUGGUGCCCUAAUUAAGCCCACAGUUAGCCCAAAAACAAAACUGAGUGUGAAAAAUACUGCACGAUCAUGUCAACCAAAAACUCUGAAUCUUACCAGAAUUUCUGUCCUGACAAGUAUGUUCAUUACCCCCUGAAAAUUCCUGAAAAAUCACUCAACUUUAUGUAAACAAAUUAGAUGUAAAGUAAUAAGAUUGUAAGUUCAGCAUUUGACUGGAGACAGUUUGUCCUCUUAUCGUAGGUUUCUACAUUCUCAUGACAAUUUAACCCCUAACCCUCCGUUCCUUUUUUGUGAAUGUUCUUAUAAAGGAGUAAUGGAAACAGAGGCAACACGAUAAUUGGUGCUAGCAUCUUUCUGCAACGAGAGUCUUCAAUGUACAUAUUCAACGAGGUACUUCAUCAAAAUUUUAGUGGUUUUUUCUUUCUGCAGACUGAACAGGAAUUUCUUCAAGGUUAUAUCUUCCAUUGAAGUAUUGAAUUCUAGCCGACCCUAUUUGACAAUUUGAUCCUCAGAUUUCUGUAUAGUCCACUAUUUUCAUGUCUGUACAGUGCUUUUUGUAAAAUAAAAUUUAAAUCGUAGCCAAACAGGGUCAUUCUAAAUUUAUGAAGGCCUCUCAUCAGAGGACCCUUGACUGUAAAAAGUAUUUUUGUAUUUUGGAUCUUAAACGAAUGUGUGCCAGUUCACAGUAAAUGCAAUCCCACCCCCAACCAUUAGUUUCGACUAAAAUGUUCCAAAACUUUUCAAAUUUACUUUGGCAGGAAGUUGGUGUAGAUAAUAUUUGUACAUAUAGUCACAAGAUUGUUAUGCUGUUAUUGAUUUUUACUGUUAUAUUUACCGUUUCAAAUUUUGAUUGUCCAAGGCUGCGUUUACAAUUUGAAAAUCGAAUCUCAUGACAAGGCAAAACCGAUGUCAAGCAAACCUCUUGUGUUUCGAUGAGCGUUGCAAUUAUCCUACACCUAGAAAUAAGUAGUUAUUUUUAUAGUAGACUUGAAUAAUGAUUAGGGUAAUUUCAGAAACAGUGCACACAAGAAGAUGCGAUAUAAAAUCUCCUCUAUUCUUUGGAUUUAGUUCAAAAUCCUUUUUCUUUUGUGCCAUCCAGUCUUUGUCAUGAUAGACUAUUUCUGUAUUUUUAAGAUUCAUCUUUGUUUGACAUUCCAGUUUGUGAUGUAUCCCUUUAUCUUGAGCUUCCUUCAAUUUCAAUUUUUCAUUUUUCACUCUCUGUUGACGAAAGCAAAGGUUUAAAAAUAUUUAGUAAAAAACCAAAUCUCUAUGUCCUGAGGCACACAAUGACAGAUUUCAUUCCAGGGAUAUCAAAAGAAUAUUGUCGAAAUGUGCUUUCAGGAAAAUUGAGAUUUUUGCUAAAAUCUUAAGGGGAACCAUCAGUUGAUAGCAAAAUGUGUUAGGUAUUACGACGCUUGUUUUUGUCUACCAAGCUAGGAUUCACCUUAUACCUUACUUUAUCCAUGAUAGCUUAUUAUUGAAAGUUACAGCCUUUGCAAACUUGCCGAACAAUAAAUCAAAAUUGCAUGAAAUUAAUUAAUCAAAUUAUAUUUUUAGAAUAGCUAUGUUGUAUUAGAUUUUUACCCCACCAGGCUUUUAAAAUUAGAAAUUAGAUGACUGUAGAAUUUGCUCAGGGAAGCUAAAUGCCAGUAUCUUAAGUGUUUGUAAAGAGACCUCUUAAUUAGCUAACUACAUUUAUCUGUGAGAAAUGAUCUCAUGUUUUUGUUCUAAAACUUCUUAAGCAGAUACUCAGUUUGAGAAGUAUUAUUUGUAGCUUUCAGCUAGUUCUUCAUCUAAUGCUACCCUUAUUUCCCUGUAAGUAUCUCCUUUCACACUUGAUCAUUAUUCUCCAUGGUCAAUUAUGAACUACUUGAAUAGUGCACUACUGUGAAGGUUGUCACAAUCAGACUUCAACAAAACGCAACUCCUUUAAAGUUUGACUUUUAAUUAUAAUUUGUCACCUUUUGGACUAUAUCUUGUAGGCGCUAUUUCAGUAUUCCUAUGAACUUUUUAUUUCUUCAUAGGAGCACUGUCGCACGAUUUAUUUUCAAAUUUUCAGAGUCUUUUCUCUCAAUUGUAAAGAAAAAGCACUAGAAAUCUCGAGAACAUUUAUGCGACAGUUCUCCUUUAAACUAAUAAAAUGUGAAUAAGCAAUACUGAAACACAGCAACUGAGAUACGCUCCUUUGUGCAGAAUUGCAUCUACAUGAAGUGUCAUUGUCUGGGAAGUUAAUUUAAGAUUUUUUUUUCUCUUUUUGAGUCGACAUUAGACUUGUUUUUUCAGCUAAGAGAGUAAAGAAAAUAUCACAUAAUAACUGUUGACCAUGGAAAUAAUGGUAUGAUAACCACCAUGAAGUAUUUAGUUACCUUUUCUGUAAGUAGUAAAGUAAAAUAAUUGAAAAGAAUAAAAAUUAAAAUCCCAUGGGUUGAUUUUGUCAAAUAAAAACCAUAACCAAAAUAUUCAUGCAAGAGGUAUAAUUAAAAAAUUUUAGGUAUCCUUCUUAAAACUUGAGCCUUUGACAAUGUGUUGUAAAAAUUUCACGGGCCUCAAUCCACCUGUUUUUCUUGUACAUAUUUUGUAAAGCGAAUUUCUGAUGUUUAAAGUAUUUAUAUCAUAUGUUCCUAUACUUGAAAUUUAUUCGUAACAAAGUGGUCUCGCUAGUUUGUCAGAAUACAAAUAAUUAUUUAAUUGUAAGCAAAGAACUGACCUUAUCUUAACUGUUAUUGUUAGUGUUAGUUGAAAACCGAUCUCCUGGAUCUGAUUAUUAAAAAUUUAUUUUUUAUAAAUUU